AAUCAAUAAGCAAGCGCAUCUUUGAUAAGAUUCAUGAAUUACCAAUUAAUUAUAGGUUUCUAUAACUCGACGAAUCGAAUCACCUAAGGCAGGUGGCUCAAUUCCCUUUACAACACAUAAUGUUGACCAAACGACGAUGGCCAACAUAAAAAGCUUGAAUGUAAACAGCGAAUGAACCAUUUUGUUAGUAACCAUUAAUGCAGGUCGCUGAUAUUCAUUUUUUUCAGCGACAUAUGAAACCAAUUGCUGAUCUAAGCGAUUUGAUGGACUUCUUUGAAAUCUUAUGUACAUCAGCAAACCACACACUUCCAGCUCAGUUUUAUUCAGUCUGCAUUUAAAGAUGGUCACACAGAUAGUUCCCUUCGUUUUGCUGGUUCUUGCUCAGGCGACUCCAAGUGCAGCGUGGAUGUUAACAAAGGCUGGCUUUAACGAAUCCAGUUACAGUGUGCGACACCUGUCGAUGCAUUAUUCGAGAGUAUUUCUCAGUGUCACCGUAAAAGGGAACGAUUCCCCGACACUCAUCGAGGCCCAGUGGCCAGUGUCGCACUUUCCAAUGCCAACCGUGAUAUUUCCCCACCGGGAUGUACAUGCGAAUGGAGCUCAUUCCGAUUGUACUUUGCUGCAGCAAGCGCAUUGGUCGCAGGUGGACAGCCUCAGUCGCCUGUGGGUUUUGGAUAUCGGCUGGCCGGGCAGCAGGUGUUCGCCCAGGUUGUUUGUCUUUGAUUUGAUACGCAACAAUGCAGAGCUCCUGAGAAUUGACUGCGGUCAGCACUUCAACGACACCCAAAGUUUGGUUGUAAAAUUGGGACCCAAGGUAAAGAGCUGCAAAUUUGAACGACACAUAUACUUCAUCCUGGGGAAAGACCCGCAUAUUCUGGCCUACGACAUUCUGGAACAGACCUGGAAAAGUCGUUUUUUGAAGAGUUACAAGUACGAGAGCAUGCAGCAAUCAUUCGCCAUCAGGCCAAUUGACUUUACUUUUGGUCUGCAGGGCGAAUUAAUUGUUGUGGAUCAAGAUGGCGGGCUCUAUAGCUCCGUGGACGGUCUGCAAUGGGAAGAGAACUCUGCAUUAUCCUCCACUUCUGUAACAAAACACAAAGAACUUACCCGUCUGGGCACCCUUUUGGGCAAGGGUCGCAGCAUGAUCAUGGACAGCUUGGGAACCUUGUUCUAUGUUAUACCCAAGUUUGGAGCGGUUGUGCGGUGUGUCCAGCUGGCUAACAUCACGGCCGAAGGCAACGAAAUCAUCUAUCUGACGUCGAGAAACAUACAACAAAUAUUUUUUGGCAACAAAAACAACGACGUGUGGGUACUAAGUGACCGUGUUUUGAAGACGCAAGAUAUGUGUUUUCCUGGAAUGUUGUAAAGCGAUAUAUUUUAUCUUUUAUUUACAAUAAUUAAAUAUGUCAACAAAAAUUACAGCAAAAACAAAACUGUAAAA